GGUAGCAACAUGUUCUAUUUUUCAUAAAAGAAAGAAACAUGAGAAAGAAGGGCCGCCGGCAACAUCCGGAGGAGCAGUCAUGCGCCACCGUUAAGCGGAAGCAUACUCACUUUGAACAAUUUCAUUAUAACAAACAAACCAAGAGGCUAAAAUGGGUGUCAACCGAAACCAAAACCGCCACGUUGAAACCCGACCCGGUUCGAAACCUGCCGGUUUCGAAUAACGGUUUCGAAGCCAUUCGUCCAUGCACUUCUUCGUCUCGGAGGCACAAUAAGAGGCGAAAGAGAAGCAAUUGCAGCAGUUUAGAAGGUUCUCGCAAGUGGGUCUUCUCUUCCCGCAAUUGUUCUAAUUAUAAAGAUAAACUUGUCAUUGUUUCAUAUAAUAUACUUGCUGCGGAAAAUGUGGCAAAGCAUCCCGACUUGUAUCUUGAUGUUCCACCAAAGUUCUUGGAGUGGAGCAGACGUAAAGACCUAAUAUCUGAGGAGGUCAAUCGUUACAAUGCAAGCAUCCUGUGCUUUCAGGAGGUUGACCGCUUUAAGGAUUUAGAUGAUCUUCUUCAGAAAGAUGGCUUUAAAGGUGUUUACAAGGCUCGCACAGGUAAUGGAUGUGAUGGUUGUGCUCUAUUCUGGAAAGAUAAAAUAAAGUCAUACUCUGAACACAGAUUUACCCUUUUGCAAGAAGAAAAUAUAGACUUCCAGGAUUUUGGCCUUCGUAACAAUGUUGCUCAACUUUGUGUCUUGAAGAUAAAUCAACAUCAAUUAGAGUGUGAUUCAUGUAGAAAACAAUCAAAGCUAACACCCAUGCAAAGUCGAAGCUUAUUGGUUGGAAAUAUACAUGCACUGUUCAACCCAAACCGUGGAGAUAUCAAGCUAGGCCAGGUGCGGCUAUUUCUUGAGAAGGCUUACAAGCUAUCACAAGAAUGGGGCAGCAUCCCUGUUAUACUUGUUGGAGAUUUUAAUAGCAUUCCUCAGAGUGCUAUUUAUCAAUUUCUGGCAUCAUCUGAGCUUAAUAUCCAACUCCAUGAUCGCCGAAGGAUUUCUGGGCAGCUUGAAUAUCCAUCACAGGGCAGAGAAAUCAGAGCUCAAAAUAAGUAUACUGCAAGGCGCCAUGUUUGGAUGCCUGUCUCCAGGCAGUUAUCACAUAGGUGGAGUGAUGAAGAAUUAGUGCUUGCAACUGGCGAUGAAGGUGUCACUCAUCUGCAGCACAAAUUGAAACUUUGCAGUGCUUAUGCCGGGAUUCCUGGGAGCAGCAGAACAAGAGAUAGUCAUGGGGAGCCCUUGGCAACUUCAUACCACUCUAAGUUUAUGGGAACUGUAGAUUAUAUAUGGCAUACUGGUGAACUUGUUCCUGUGAGAGUUCUUGAAACAUUACCCAUUAAUAUAUUGAGAAGAAAUGCAAGCCUUCCCAAUGAGAGAUUGGGUAGCGACCAUCUUGCUCUUGUAUGUGAACUGGCCUUUGCUGAUGGUCACAAGGGAGCCUGAUUGUUCUGUUCAUAGACUCGUACUUCUUAAGGUUAUGGUUUCUUGGUGAUCUGAAAACUAUGCAGAAACAUCCUCUUUGACAUGCAUAAAGGCAAUAAAUUAUCAAGCAAGCCUAACCGGAUCAAUGAGGAAGGCUCCCAUUGAGUCAUUUUGCUGAUUUACAAAGAAUUAUGAAGGUCAGCUUGUGGCAGUCUGAGAUGAAGCAUCCCCACACAAGAAAAUGUUCAUUUAUAUGUACACAACUACAACAAGAAUGCAAAAUUUUAGUUCUGUUUCCGGAUGAAAGAACAAUGUCUUCUGAUUUUCUUUUUUUCAUUUAAAAGAAAACUUACCUUUAAUCCUGAUAGAGAUAAGUCUUUAGAAAACUAAGACUUUUUUCAUAUGACAGAUUUGAGUUGCAGCUCAAGCCACUGACUAUGAUUUGAUUAAACCAACAAAUUUAUUGUUUCA